AUGACAGCAGCGCCACCCGCCGCGGCAGCGUCGCAGCGGCAGUUCUCGUCGUCCGCCGCCGCCCAACCGCUGACAGCCGGCGGCGGGCCGCCCCAGCAGCAGGCCCAGCAGAAGCAGGCCCCGCGGAAGAAGCAGCAGCGCGCGCCCGACCCUCAGCCGUCGCAGCGCAGCCUCCGCGGCAAGGCGACCAACGAGUAUAACCGGGAGCGCGCGGCCUGGCGCCGCCAGGUCGGCGCGCUGCGGCGCCAGUGGCACGAGGAGCACCAGGCGGCGCGGCGGGGCGCCGCCGACGCCGCGGCGCGCGACGCCCGCGAGCGGCGCGCGCUGGCCGACCUGCGGGCGAGCCAGAAGCAGGAGGACAGUGGCCAUGGGCCGAUGCUGCGGGACCUGCGCGCCGCGGAGCGCGAGCUCGAGGCGGCCGAGCGGCGGCUGCGGAUGGCGUACCGCACGCGAAUCAGGGAGCGCAUCCUGGAGCGGUACAAGCAGCAGAGGUAUGAGGAGUUGCUGGGGCGCAGCCGGCACUGGAUCGCGCGCGAGGCGUUGGAGGACCGUGUCAGGCAGGCUGUGGAGAAUCCAGUCAGCAUGUGA